GUUUGGAAUCCAAGUCCAACGGAGAUGGUUCUAGUUCUACAUGUUCUUUCCAACUGUGUUGAUCUAAGGAGGUGUGGCAUGUAGUUUGGUCCCCUCUCAAAAACUCGAUCAUCAACAAUUAUUCCAGCCGCAGCAGGGCGUGCAACGUAGUUUAAGUUAAUGUCCUUGAUCUUUUAGGUGUUUGUGGUGCUCGCGCAUGUGCUUCUCCCCACGCUUAUCUCCGUGCAUAACAGACUGAGUAGACGAACGAACAAAUAAAUGGACUAUCACGAGCGAGCAUACUGGGAGCGGCAGUACAAGGCCGGAAACUUUGGCGAGGAGUACGAGUGGUUGGGCUGUUUCGACGACCUCGUUGAUCACAUUCAAGAUGCAUGCUCGCUACCGAAAAAGGUUGGUAACAACAAGUGUGUCCAAUCAGAAGCGUCGACGCCUUCGACGUCUUGUUCGCCUCGAGAUGGACUGGCAGAACCAACUAGCGCUGACGAUGCAGCCUUGGUUACUCGUUUGUCUCCAAGAAGUACGUCCUCCUCCUCUGGUAUUCUCGCUGCAACGACAAGAAGCAGUACGACCUCAUCAUCUGCCUCGUCUUCCAGCAGUCCUGCACCGCGUAUCUUGCACCUGGGCUGUGGCAACAGCUCGCUAGGAGUUGCGCUUGAAGAUGCGACUCACUGCUACGUUUUGAAUCUCGAUUACUCGGGUACUGUCAUAAAUCAGAUGAAAAAGCGAUACCCUGAGCACUUAUGGAAGACAUGCGAUAUUUCAAAUCCGGAAGGUUCGGGUCUAGACCUGAUUUUAAUGCCUAGCACGUCCUCGAGUCCAAGACCAAGUCCGACAGCGGCUCGUGCUGAUUUUGCUGUCGAGAAGGGUCUUGCAGAUGCGCUCCUAUGUGAGCCUGACGAGAAGAAGAAGCUUCGCAGCCUGUUCAUCUACAUGCAGGAAGUAGCACAAGUUUUAAAGCGUGAUGGGAGUGCACGGUUUCUGCUUUUCUCUCUAGACGGGGAUAGACUCUUAAAGGCACUGGCGGCUGCUGGCAUACCUCCGACACUAGAACUCGUUACGCGACGGCCCGUAGAGUGCCACACAAGGAGUGAAAAUAAGUGGCUCUGCAGCCUUGUCGUGUUUCGCAGAAUUGAAGACGCGAAGACCAAAGCAGCUGGAGGCGUCGACUGUGCAAAGUGUGCAAAGAAGAAGCUUCCAGGUGUGAUUCGUUACGGGGAACGCUGCGGGCGAUGUGGCUGCUUACAUCGAGGAAAAUAAGCAAGACUGAUGAUGCACAGCACGUGGUACUAUCUUGCAGAGUGACAACAUCCGAAGAUUUAGUUACUCCUUCCAUUACUACUUACCUCAUCCUCCGCACACACUAGUGUGGAUCGCUCUGAGAAAAAGCGCUUACCAUUUAUGCCGCCGAAUAUGAUCAUGUAACCAGGACUAUUUUUGCGUUUUUGUGCAUGCUUUCCCU